GGGCAUCUCUCCUGUCAGGCGACUGCGCUCGGCUCAGCUCCCCGCUGGUUAUCAGAGUGCCGGUGAGGGGGAUGCUCUUCCUGCGAGGAGGAGGGCUACCGCGGCCCCGAGUUCCAUCAUGGAGGUGGAAGAGGCCUUCCCUCUGGUGGGCGAGAUGGGGCUCUUCCAGGUUUGGCUCUGUGUCUUGCUUGCUUCUCUGCUCCAGCUCUAUGUAGCCAGUGAAGCAAUUCUUAUUGCACUGGUCGGGGCAACACCACCUUACUACUGGGAUCUUGAAGGCAUCUCAGCUAAUCAGAGCCAUCAUAAUGAGUCAACUGCUGAAGAAAGAGCUUUUGGAAAAUGGCUCCUGACAGCCAAUGGGAGUGAAGUUCAUAAACACAUACACUUUAGCAGCAACUUUACAUCAAUAGCUUCUGAGUGGUUUUUAAUUGGCAACACAUCAUACAAGAUCAGUGCUGCCAGUUCAUUUUUCUUCAGUGGUGUAUUUGUUGGAGUGAUUACUUUUGGACAACUCUCAGAUCGUUUUGGACGGAAAAAAGUAUAUCUUGUAGGUUUUGCUCUUGACAUCGUGUUUGCUGUUGCUAAUGGAUUCUCCCCUUCGUAUGAGUUCUUUGCAGUAUCUCGCUUCUUGGUUGGAGUAAUGAAUGGCGGCAUGUCACUGGUGGCAUUUGUCCUGCUGAAUGAAUGUGUGGGCACUGCUUAUUGGGCUCUGGCAGGAUCAAUUGGUGGCCUCUUCUUUGCUGUGGGAAUUGCCCAGUAUGCUUUGUUAGGAUAUCUUAUUCGUUCCUGGAGAACACUAGCAGUUGUGGUUAACCUGGAGGGAACAAUUGUCUUUCUCCUCUCUCUCUUCAUUCCUGAAUCACCACGGUGGUUGUAUUCACAAGGACGGCUGAGUGAAGCUGAAGAUUCGCUCUACCUCAUUGCAAAGAGGAACCACAAGCCAAAGUGCACUUUUUCACUUAAGCUCCCACCUGAAAGGAGUUACAAGGAGGCUGGAAGCAUCCUGCAUCUGUUCCGAUACAAGAUUCUUUUGGGACGUACUCUUAUAAUGAUGUUCAUCUGGUUUGUAUGCAGCUUGGUUUAUUAUGGUCUUACUCUCAAUGUGGGUGACCUAGGUGGCAGCAUCUAUGCUAACCUUGCUCUUUCUGGACUAAUAGAGAUUCCAGCAUACCCUCUCUGUAUCUACUUGAUCAGCCAAAAAUGGUUUGGCCGCAAACGGACCCUUGCAGCAUUUUUGUCCCUGGGAGGACUGGCCUCCCUUAUUGUUAUGUUUCUUCCAGAAAAGAAAGCUACAGGUGUAUUUGCAAUUGUGAACAGUCGUUCAUUGUCUUUACUGGGAAAACUGACUAUUAGUUCAGCAUUUAACAUUGUUUAUAUCUACACAUCAGAACUUUAUCCUACAGUAAUAAGGAAUGUUGGAAUGGGAGCCUGUUCUAUGUUUUCCCGAGUUGGUGGGAUCAUUGCUCCUUUCGUUCCAUCUCUGAAAUCUUUGCAAUGGUAUCUACCAUAUAUUGUGUUUGGAGUGGCAAGUUUGCUGUCUGGCCUUCUCACUCUGUUAUUGCCAGAAACUCUGAACAGUCCACUGCUGGAGACAAUAUCUGACCUACAGGUUUGUUCAUAUCGGAGGUUGGGGGAUGAAGCCAUGACACUACAAGCAUUAGAACGUUCACGGUCUGAGCAAGACAGUUCAGCUGGAAGUGGAAGUGAGGAUGAAGAAUUCUAUGAUGCCGAUGAAGAAACUCAAAUGAUUAAGUGAUGGAUGCUAAAUAUUAUGUCAUCUUUGAAUUAUCCAGUCAACUUUAACUGUUGAAACUACAAGAAGCCAGGAACAAUAAUUGGGCAAUAUAAAUAUACUAUUAUGCCUGCUCUUAGGAGUAAAAUUUUCAGAACUUUUGCAAUGGAAUGAAAAUUUGUCGCUGCUGACUGUCCUGGCAUAUAAGAGUCAUUCCUUAUUUUGAGGCAAGCAAGUCAUUUGUGAGCCAUAGGUAAAGGAACACUGGAUAUGUAUCCUCCAAUGAAUCCAUUGUGUAGUAAGAUCUCUUCUGCCCGUGGUUGUUUUUUCUUCUUCAAAUAUGGCAUUUAUUUGUAAACUGAGAGUAGUGUAUUUGUUAAGCUUACAGUUUAUUUUAUCCUGGUGAAGCUUGACUAUGGAUGGACAUUAUUAACAAUUUGAUAGGAACAAAUAUGAAAUACUGCAAGACAAGACAUUUGUGCUGUGAAUUCAGUUCCUGCUGGUUCUACAUUGUGGAAUUUUAAUUUCGGGACUUCAGAAUCAGUGGACAAAGCAUUAUUCCACGAAAUGCAGUGAUACUGCAGAGAUUAGAGACCCAUAAAAUCUUAUUUUACAAAUUUUAGUUUAAUUCUUACCAAAGGUACCACAUUAAUGCAAGAACCAUAAUCUCCAUUAACCUACUAAGUUCUCAUGUUUAAUAUUUCUUCCCUGUAUUUACUGUGUCUCACUUCUCCCUGCUCUGCUUUGAACUAUUCCUUUUUUUACAAAAGGGAAAGAAGUGGUACUGUCUUACUGGUAAAUUUACAUGGGAGUCUAACAAGUGCUAAGUUGGAUUCAAGCUCCCUCUCUUUGCCUGAUUCUUUACUGUUGAUGUCUCAUGUUUACAAAGAACUCCUCUGCUCCCCAAAAAAGCAUAUGGAUGUAAGUAGCAGCAGACAUUUCCUCCCCCCGGAGAGUGGAGGAGUUAUAUUAGCGCUAUAAUCCAUGUGGUUCCGUGUCUUCUAUGGGAAAUCCUGAAAAAAUUUCCAGUUCCACAGGCACAACCGUGAUCAAAAUGCAAGAAAACAUGGUGGUACAGAACCUGCCAGUUGCAAGGGCUCUCACUGCUCUCAAGUUGGUGGGUAACUGCUUGCAUCUAGCUCUAUAACACACACACACCUGGAUGCAAUAUGUUGCUGUCCAAUUAUUGGAAUCAUCAGAUAACAUCUGUUUCUAAUUAAGCUCUGCACUUAAAUACAAAAGUGUGUAACAAUAGCAGGAGGUUGGUAGACAUGGUCCAGCAUAGGGGUCCCCAACCUGGGACCCCUAAACUUUCUUUGUGGCCCUCCAACAGGCUUGUCCACUGGUAUCACCCUCAAGGCAUUUUCCCUCAGACCCACACUCUUCUCCCUGCCUCAGACAGCGCCAUCCACUGCUGUCUUUCCUGUCCCUUACUCAC